AUGGAUAAGCUGAAAGGUGUCGUUGUUCGCCUGUCUGCGCUGAUGCUGGAAGGCAUCCUGCAUGUUUUUGGCCUUAGUCCUAUCCCUACCGAAAUUGGAGCUCCUUUCGCGGCCGCAAUCCUCCGUUCCUUCGCCAGUCAAGAGACACCCGCGGUAGCCGUUCUACAAGCUCUGAAUGAGGAGCUAACACAGGGUCUACCUUCUGCUCCCGCCGUCGCCGCCGGUCCGCAACUUUCGGAACCCCGGCCUUCUGAUGCGGAGGAGGCUCCGAUGCUUGUUGAGCCACCUGCACUUAAUCCAGCGGACUCAGCCCUGCCUUGCACCUUUGACCAACCUACGGCCGAGCCAUCGCCUGCAGAACAAGUGUCUUCUCUUCCUCCGACUAUGAAGCUGCGCCUGACACGCAAAGGCAAACGGACGGCCCCAGUCACCGCAACUUCUCCUCCACCUCCUCGCCGUCAACGCGUAUUGAGCAUCUCUUCUCCCACCAGGUCCUCGGACAUGAGCUUGCCCCAGGAGACAAGCUUGGCCCGGGAGAAGGCCUCCGAUCCGCAGGUUUCUGACCCGCCUUCGGACCUACCUGCUCCACUACCAAUUCAGAGUACAUUACCUGCUCCGCCCUUGUCCCCUGACGAUCAGCCCCUGGGCUUACCGAUGUCCUCUGCGUCUCCUCUCAUCACGCCUCCGAGCUCAGCCAUGCCGCUCCCGAACCUGCCCUCUACAGACCCAGCCUUUGAAGCGUUAUGGCAGCUCCCUUCGGAGACCGAUCCGGCCUACACGCCCGCUGCCGAUUCAUCGUCCAUCUUCGGCAGAGUUGAUUUCUAUGGGGAUCUGGCCAUCUCCUGGCAAUCAGCCAGUGACCAGUUCUGGGAGAGCCGUUCCCCUAUGGGGGAGUUUGAUCAAAUUGCUCGUUCUCUGGUGGCGGAACUGGAGCACCUUGCGGCCUCCUCCGCUCCUCCCGAGCCUUCUCUGGGAAGCUUGGAUGCUUAUCUGCGCGCCGCCGGGGAGUCGACGGCCUCUGCUCGGGCUAUUUCCCAUGCUGCCUUCGAUAAACUUCAACAGUUGGAAGCGGCUUUGAAGGCGAGUGAGUCUUCCUGGGCUUCUGAAGCGGCUCGGCAUCAAGCGACAGUUUCUGAACUGAAAGCCAGAGAGGCAGAGCUGCUCUCCCAAUCGGAGGAGCUGACGCUGCUACGGCAAGGUCAAGAGCUCUUGCAGAUGGGUUUGGCCGAUGCCCAGGCCCUGGCUAGUGCUGUCGCUGGCCGGGAAACAACCAUGCGGACUCAAUGGGAAGCGUGCCAAGCCACCCUCCAAUCCCUACAAGCAGAGUUAUCGAAGGUCCAGGAAGCGGUGUCUCAGGGCCAGAGCGAUUUAUCCUUGGCCCUAGCUGUCUAG